AUGGAUGAUAAAAAAGAUGAUUUAAGUAAAUCAAAUAAUACAUCAAAUUCAAUUAAUGUACCACCAGUACCGAAACAAAUACCAUCAAGUUCAUCAGUAACAACUUCAUCAUCCACAACUGUUUAUAGUCCAAAUAAUAAAAAUACAAAUUCUUCAACUGAUUCUUCAAAUUUAUUAGAAAAUGAUCCAAAAAUAAAAUUAAUUUUAAAUUCUGAUUCAGCAUUAGAAGUACUACUGAAUAGAUUAAAACAAAGUUUAUCAACUGCUGAAGAAUUUAGUAAAUUUAUUAAAAAGAAAGCUCAAAUUGAAGAUGAUCAUUAUAAUCAAUUGAAAAAAUUUGCAAAUAAUAUAAGAGCAAAUAUGAAAAGUAAUAGUAAAAAUCUAAAGACUGAUUCAUUACAAAUUCAAAUGGAUAGAAUUAUUGGAUUUGAUGAAAAUUUAUAUGGAGUUGGAUCAAGUUAUGUAACUGCACUUAAUACUAUGUAUGAUGAAAUAACUUCAUUGAUUAAUACUAUUACAAGAUCAAGAAAAAUUGUUAAAGAUGAAUAUAGAAGAAAAGAUAAAGAAUGUAUGGAUGCUAUACAGGCUGCAGAAAAGGCAAAAACAAGAUAUAUGCAUCUUUGUGAUGAUUUAGAGAGAUUGAAAACAUCAGAUCCAUCUAAAAAGGGGUUUAGUUUGAAAAACAAAUCAGUUGAACAACAAGAGGAUGAAUUACAGAAAAAAGUUGAUAUGGCAGAUCAAGAAUAUAAAUCUAAAGUUUCUACGUGCAAAAAAUUAAAAGAUGAGAUCUUAGUAAUACAUCGUCCAAAUAAUUCAAAAAAAUUAAAAAAUCUUGUUUUAGAAAUGGAUAUUGCUUUAAAUGUUCAAUUACAAAAAUAUGCAACUUGGAAUGAAAAUUUAAUUAUGAAUUCAGGUGUUUUGAUUAGUCCCUUACAAUCCAAUAAGCCCUCAAUGAAAUCAAUGGCGUCUUCUAUUGAUAAUGAAAAAGAUUUAUAUAAAUAUUUGUUAGAAUAUGGUUCACAACAAACAAAUAAACAAUUGACACCUAUUGAAUAUCAUAUACAUCCAUCAUUAAUAAAAGCUAAAGAUAUCGGAAAACCAUUCUUGAAUAAUAACAAUAAAACUAAUAGUGCAAGUAAUAUUAAAGCAGCAAUUUCUUCAAAUCAAUGGAGUAACAAUCAUCCAAAUAAUAAUAACAAUAUUAAUGCAAAUAGUGCUAAAAAUUUGUCUACUCCAUAUUCAGGUAAUUUACUACCUAGCAAAUCCAAUCAAGUUUCAGAAAAGAAAGAUUCACCUCCAAAUGCAACUCCGUUAUAUCCAAUAGCUUCACCAACUUUCACUAAUAAUCCACCAAAGGGAUAUUCAUCAUUGGAUCCAGGUAGUUCACCAUCGACACCAAAUUUGAAUGGUCCAAAACCUUUUAAUAACAUUACAACAUAUAAACAACCAACUUUUGGAGUUUCAAUAGAAGAAGUUAUCAAAUUUGCAGGAAUUGAUAAUGUACCAUUGAUUGUACGUAGAUGUAUCGAAAUCAUUGAAACUUAUGGAAUUGAUUUAGUUGGAAUUUAUAGAACAAGUUCAAAUGUAAACCAAGUUACAAAAUUAAAAGAAUUAAUUGAUUCUGAUUUUACAAAUUAUUUACAAAUUGGUAAAGAUAUUGAUUCAAAAAAUGUUUUAGAUAGUGAUAUUUUCGCAAUUGCUUCAUUAUUAAAAUUAUAUUUUUCAAAUUUACCUGAACCUUUAGUAACUACAAUGGAAUCACAAUCAUUUAUUGAAACAGUUAAACUAAAUGAUGAACAUUUAAUUGCAAAAAAAUUACAUCAUUUAGUAUUCAAUUUACCGGAUGGUGCUUAUUUUACAUUAAGAUCAUUAAUUUUCCACUUAAAUAAAAUUGCAGCAAAUGAAUCAGUAAAUAGAAUGAACAAUAAAUCAUUAGCUAUAAUAUGGGGUCCAGUAAUUUUUAAUGAUAAUUCUUCAAGUGCUCAAGACUUAAGUUACAAGAGUAAAGUAGUUGAAGAGUUAAUGGUUAUUGCAAAUGAUAUUUUUGAAGUCGAUGAGGAAUAA